AUGAAUAAAGCAUCUGAUAAUAAUAAAAACAUGGAGGAUCAAAGAACAAACUUUGAUGAAAAGGAUAAAAAAAAAUUGUUCUUGUAUGGUUACGAACAGCAACUGCUUUAUGGACGAAUUAAUUGGAAAUUGGCCGAAAAAAAGAAAAUAACUAAAUACCCCAUAAACACUAUGAAAAAUUUAUGGAACAACAGCAUAGCUAACAGUCUGCCCCAAUUCAUAGAGAACUACUCAAAAGAUGUGGAAAAGCUGAACGAAAUGAAAAAAAAAAAAAAAUUGAACAUAGCACAAAAAAUAAGCAAAAAAAAGAAGCUCACACCAGCAAAAGUACAGUUCACUAAACAAAGAUCAAACAUUUCAAUGAACCGUGUAAUAAAAGGAGCCAGCUUAGAUUACAAAAAAUUAAACACGCAUACGUUCAGAAAUAAAAAAGUUGUAACUUCUAUUUUAAAAAAGAAAACUUUAAACAAAACCAUUGAUAAACAAAAGAAAGUACAGGAAAUGAAAAAUAAAAAUCAAACAAUGACCAAACUAAAAACCAAAAAAUGGAGUGACACCAAGAAGGCACCUAACCCAGUUAAACAAAAGGAAAACGUGAAAAAUGGAAAAAUGAAAAAAGACGACAAGACAAAAAAGAACGGGAAAAUUAAUAAAAAUGAAAAGAAAGAAGAAAAAGGAAAACACAAAAUUAAAAAGGAUUCUAAAGUUUCUGAUUCUAAAGCACAAAAAAGUGACAAGUCAAAAAGUGAUGAAAAAAAGGAAAAAGGAAAAUCCGAAAAGGUAGUUAUAAAAAAAAUCACGAAAAAUGAAAAGGGUAAGGGGCAACAGGGGAAGGAAAAAAAGGUAGAAAAAAAAUUUGACAAGAAUGAUGAUAAAAAGGUUGACAAAAAGGUAGAAAAGAAGGAUGAUAAAAAAGUUGACAAAAAGGUAGAAAAGAAGGAUGAUAAAAAGGUUGACAAAAAGGUAGAAAAAAAGGACGAUAAAAAGGCUGACAAAAAAGACGAUAAAAAGGCUGACAAAAAAGACGAUAAAAAGGUUGACAAAAAAGAUGAUAAAAAGGCUGACAAAAAGAUAGAAAAGAAGGAUGAUAAAAAGACGGAAAAAAAAGACGAUAAAAAAUUAGACAAAAAAGACGAUAAAAAAUCAGACAAAAAAGACGAUAAAAAAUCAGACAAAAAAGACGAUAAAAAAUUAGACAAAAAAGACGAUAAAAAAUUAGACAAAAAAGACGAUAAAAAAUCAGAUAAAAAGGACGAUAAAAAGGUUAAGAAAAAUAUUUUGAAAACCCAGAAAACUAAGAAGUAA